AUGCCUUCAGACAAUAAAGGGAAUAAAGGGAUGUCGACGGGUGAUAGUGGCGAUCUUGAUGGGCUGAGCAUCUCCCCGUCUGACUCUAACCAUUCCCUCCAAUCCUCAAUCGAGUCGUCUCAGUAUGCUGGAGUCCAACCCCAUCCUUACGAAGAGGAAGUAGAUGAAAAAUUACCACUGAAAGAACGAAAAUUGUCCAGUCUGUCGGGAACAAGUUUUACAUCCGCAAACGAUAUACUACAGGCUAUGCGAAGGUCAUUAUCCCGAAGUUCUUCAGCGGAUGCAUCAAGACUAAGCAGGUAUGCCACCACUUAUUCAGUAAAGGAUAUAUACGGUGAUAUGGCACCUGAUGAUAUUCGUUUAAGAAGAACAACAACUAAAUCGACUAUACUUAAUCAAUUAUCGGACAGAGUUCAAAAAGUUGGUACUCGUGCAGAGGAUGAGGAGUCGAAAGGAGAACAGAAGGUCGACAAGGAUGGUACUAGCUUUUAUGAAAAUCAACCUGAUGUUUCCGUUCCAGCUAAGGACUUUGGCGGAGAGUUUAGCUCAAUUGAUCCCGAACUUGUCACUUGGGAUGGAGAGCAAGAUGAGUUUUAUCCCCGGAAUUGGUCUCUUGGUCAAAAAGCAUUUCAAACGGGAAUCACUGCAAUAUACACAUUAGUUUCACCGAUGUCAUCAUCUGUUCCUUCUUCAGCUAUGCCUGAGAUUGCCAAAGACCUAGGCAUGCACGGAAACUUCAUUCAGUCGUUCAGCGUCUCCAUUAUGAUUUUAGCAUGGGCCAUUGGCCCCUUAAUAAUUGCACCUUUGAGUGAAAGUGAUAGAGUUGGAAGGCGUCCAGUUUUGAAUAUUUCAAUAUGGAUUAUAUUUGUGUUCAACUUAGCUUGUGGAUUUGCAAAAACACCAGCCCAAUUGUGUAUUUUUAGAUUCCUCGGUGGGCUAGGCGGCUGCGCUCCUUUAAAUGUAGGAGCUGGUACAUUAAGUGACUUGUACUCGAAUGAUCAAAGAUUGGUUGCAAUGGCAUUUUACUCAAUUUGUCCUACCUUAGGGCCAGUGUUGUCACCAAUAAUAUCAGGAUUCAUAGUAGAGAAUGCUUCCUGGCAUUGGGUUUUUUGGGUACUAGCAAUAUUUAAUGGGGUGGUGGCAGUAUUUGGAACUAUAUUUUUUAAAGAAACUUACUCGCCAAGAUUAUUAAAGACUAAAGCUCAAAAGUUAAGAAAAGAAACCGGAAACGAGCAUUUGCAUACCAUUUAUGAAAUUGCAAAUGGGGACACCGUGUGGGACCAGACGGUAACAUCUAUAUCAAGGCCAAUUAAGCUACUUUUUACCCAUCCUAUGGUGAUCGGUUUAGGAUCCUUUAUGGCAUUUACAUAUGGAUUCAUGUAUUUGAUGGUGGUGACUUUUCCUGAUGUUUGGGAAGGAACGUAUGGAUUUAAUACUGGGAUUUCAGGUUUAAUGUUUAUUUCGAUGGGAAUAGGUUACAUUUUAGGAACUAUCAUUUGCACUUAUAUUAUAAACUGGUUCUACAAUUAUUUAACCAAGAGAAAUGGGGGCGUACCUAAACCAGAAUAUCGACUACCAUGUUUAUGCAUCUCUGGGAUUGGAUUGCCAAUCGGUUUGAUUUGGUAUGGCUGGUCAGCUCAACACCAUUUGCCUUGGAUCAUGCCCUGCAUUGGUGCAGGAAUCUUUGCUUUUGUAUUCAUUGCGGUAUUUCAGACCAUUCAAAAUUAUUUGAUCGAUAUGAACAACAGAUUUGCUGCUAGUUCAGUGGCUGCUGCUGCUGUUUUCAGAUCUUUGUUUGGAUUCGCAUUUCCUUUAUUUGCCAAAGAGAUGUAUGACACGCUAAACUAUGGUUGGGGUAAUACACUAUGUGCUUUUAUUGGCUUGGCUUUAGGAAUACCAUUCCCAAUUUUCUGCUUAAUAUAUGGAGAAAGGUUAAGAGGAUGGGCCAAUAGACGCAUGGAUAGAGAGCAAGCAAGAAAGGAUGCAAAAAAGUUUCAAAGACUCCAAGAGCAGAAUCUUACAAAAGAAGAUGAGGCUUUUCUGGCUGAAAGUUCAACCUGA